AUGGCAGCGAAGAUAAUGAAGCAAGAGAUAACUAAGGAGCAAACUUAUUUAUCAGAACUGGCUUUAGCGAGUUUCAACAAGAGGAGAAAGGUGAAGUUUGAGUUGUGUGAGACAUUGCUUUCUAGACUCUUUUACGAGAGCAGUCGUAUUUUUACGCAUCUAAAUUUCAUCGCCAAGCGUAAGGAUAAGAAGAAACUCUUUUUCGCGGAGAUAGAGGACUGUGGACAGGGUGGUAAAGAGAUCUUGGAAGUACGCUGUUGCGUUCCCCUGGAUUCAUUAUGUGAAGGUGGUUAUCAUUACUACUGUGUUGAUCCUCCUGGACAUGGCUAUAGGAAAAGUCUUGACUUCACGAGGUGCUAUGCCUGCACCGAGUUCUUGAAACAUCCGGCCAAUGGCUCGACGUACACAGGAGGCCAUGAUCAUCGGAAGAGGAUGUAUCUAUAG